AUGGUUCCUCCAUUAAUCACACUGGAGGAGCACUAUCUCUCUCAAAACGUGCGUCAGCAUCUCGCUGACACAGGUCGCCAAGACCCCUACGCUCAAUUCCCACCUCACCUAAUCGACAAACUGACCUCUCUGGGUUCAGACCGUCUAGAAGCCCUGGAUUCUGGCAAAGUAUCUCUGCAGAUCCUCUCACACAGUCCACUCAACGCAUCUCCUCAGGAAUGCAGGACGACAAACGAUAAUCUGGCAAAUGCAAUCAAGGACCAACCCCGAUAUGCAGCUUUUGCGCUCUUGCCUAUGGCUACGCCCACAGAUGCAGCUGCCGAACUCGAGAGAUGCGUUACACAGCACAAAUUCGUCGGCGCUCUGAUCAACAAUCACUGCAACGGUACGUUCUACGACGGCGAAGCUUUCCGCCCUGUUUUUGCCAAAGCCGAGGAAUUGGAUGUACCUAUCUAUAUUCAUCCAACCUUUGCAGCAGACGAAUGGAUGCCCCACUACCGCGGUAACUUUGGCGAAAAGGCAGCACAGAUGAUGAGUAUAGCAGCUUGGGGCUGGCACUCUGAAACCGGGUUGCAUGUGUUGCGUCUCUGGGCUUCUGGGCUCUUUGACGAGUUUCCAAAGCUCAAAAUCAUUAUUGGACAUAUGGGAGAGAUGCUUCCUUAUCAGCUCGAUCGUAUCAUCAGUACUUCAGCCUCUUGGGCUCCAGAGAACAAACGCAGUCUGGAAACAGUCUGGAAAGAAAACUUCUGGAUUACUACGUCUGGCAUGUUUAGUCUGGCUCCCUUGGCUUGUUUGCUGAGAAUGUGUGCCAAAGACCGCAUUCUGUAUUCUGUAGACUACCCAUUCAGUGGUAACGAGAAAGGCUUGAAGUUUAUAGAAGAGGUUGAGGCAAGUGGGAUGGUGAGUUACGAGGACUUGGAGUUGAUCUGCUACAAGAAUGCCGAGAAGUUGCUUGGAGUCAAGGCCCUGCAAUAA